AUGGACGUGGACCUGGACGUAGACGUGGACGUGGACGUGGACAUGGUCGUGGACGAUGACGUGGACAUGGUCGUGGACGUGGACGUGGACCUGGUCGUGGACGUUGACGUAAACGUGGACGUGGACGUGGACGUGGACGUGAACGUAGACAUGGACGUGGACGUGGACGUGGACGUGGACAUGGACGUGGACGUGGACGUGGACAUGGACGUGGACGUGGACAUGGUCGUGGACGUGGACGUGGAUGUGGACGUGGACUUGGACGUGGACGUGGAUGUGGACGUGGACGUGGACCUGGUCAUGGACGUGGACGUGGACGUGGACGUGGUUGUGGUCCUGGUCGUGGACGUCGACGUGGACGUGGACGUAGACGUGGUCGUGGACCUGGUCGUGGACGUGGACGUGGACGUGGACGUGGACAUGGACGUGGACGUGGUCGUGGACGUGGUCGUGGACGUGGUCGUGGUCGUGGACGUGGACGUGGACGUGGACGUGGACAUGGACAUGGACGUGGACAUGGACGUGGACGUGGACGUGGACGUGGUCGUGGACGUGGACGUGGACGUGGACGUGGACAUGGACGUGGACGAGGACGUGGACGUGGACGUGGACGUGGUCGGGGACGUGGACGUGGUCGUGGACGUGGACGUGGACGUGGACGUGGACCUGGACGUGGACGUGGACGCGGACGCGGACGUGGACGUGGACGUGGACGCGGACGUGGACGUGGACGUGGACGUGGACGUGGACGUGGACGGGGACACGGACGUGGACGCGGACGUGGACGCGGACGCGGACGUGGACGUGGACGUGGACGGGGACGCGGACGUGGACGCGGACGUGGACGCGGACGCGGACGUGGACGUGGACGUGGACAUGGACGUGGACAUGGUCGUGGACGUGGUCGUGGUCGUGGACGUGGACGUGGACGUGGACGUGGACGUGGACGUGGACGUGGACGUGGUCUUGGACAUGGACUUGGACGUGGACGUGGACGUGGACAUGGACGUGGACGCGGACGUGGUCGUGGACGUGGACGUGGACGUGGACGCGGACGUGGACGUGGACGUGGACGCGGACGUGGACGUGGACGUGGACGUCGACGUGGACGUGGACGUGGACGUGGACGUCGACGUGGUCGCGGACGUGGACGUCGACGUGGUCGCGGACGCGGACGUCGACGUGGACGCGGACGUGGACGUCGACGUGGACGCGGACGUGGACGUCGACGUGGACGCGGACGUGGACGUCGACGUGGACGUGGACGUGGACGUGGUCGUGGACGUGGACGUGGACGUGGACGUGGACGUGGACGUAGACGUGGACGUGGACAUGGACGUGGUCGUGGACAUGGACGUGGACGUGGACGUGGACGUGGACGUGGACGUGGACGUGGAUCUGGACGUGGACGUGGACGUGGACGUGGACGUGGACAUGGACGUGGUCGACGUGGACGUGGACGUCGACGUGGACGUGGACGUGGACGUGGACGUGGACGUGGACGUGGACGUGAACGUGGACGUGGUCGCGGACGCGGACGUCGACGUGGACGCGGACGUGGACGUGGACGUGGACGCGGACGUGGACGUGGACGUGGACGCGGACGUGGACGUGGACGUGGAGGACUAG